UAAAAGGUUUGACAAAAACCCAGAUUUAACCUUGGAGUUAAUGCACACUGGCCUGAAAUAACGCAAAUGUUUCUCGAGUAAAUGACUCACGGACGAUUUGUUGCCACCUGCUGGAGUAACGAUGUUACGCAAGAGUAUAAACGUAUCUUUUUAGAAAACUAAUUAAAAAAGAUUCGAAUUUUUUAGAGGGAUCAAAACGUCCACCACAAGAUUUGAAUUGGGAAUAGCAUCUAGAAUACUAAUUUUACGAUUUCUACCAUGCAAAAAUAGUAAGACUAGUAUUGAGAAACCAGCCCAUACAGAGCAUCUUCAGAAAACAACACACGAAUAGCGCCGCCUCAACGUCACAGCUGACGUUACGUAACGUGGGAAACAAGUUAAUUUGUAAGUUUUGCGCCCUGUUCUUCCUUGCACUGUUCUUGCAAGAAAGAAGAUAUAAACAUCUCUUUUUGGAGUUAGCAAGACAAAAAAGUGUGUUAGCAGACAUGAGGGUGUGCAUCAUUGGAGCAGGGGUCAUCGGCCUCUCCACCGCUCAGAGCAUCUACCAGCACUUCCACAGCAGGAUCAGCCCCCUCACCAUAGAGGUGUAUGCUGAUGUCUUCACUCCACUCACCACCAGCGACGGGGCAGCUGGACUCUGGCAGCCCUAUCUCUACGACAAGGGCAACGUGCAAGAAACUAAAUGGAACAAAGAGACGUUUGACUAUCUUCUAAGUUGCCUCAGCUCUCCAGAUUCAGUGAAAAUGGGAAUCUUCCUCCAGUCGGGCUACAAUCUGUGCCCUGAACCCCAACCAGACCCUUCAUUUAAAGAUGCUGUGUUGGGUUUUCGCCAGCUGACUAAACGUGAACUAGACAUGUUCCCGGGAUACAGUUUUGGGUGGUUCAACACCGCUCUCAUGAUUGAAGGGAAGACAUACCUGCCCUGGCUUAUGGACUGGUUAAGACAAAGAAAUGUCAAGUUUUAUCAGAGGAAGAUUGGUUCAUUUAAAGAGCUGGCAGAUAGUGGUGCUGAUGUUAUCAUCAACUGCUCCGGUGUCCGAUCAGGAGACCUCCAGCCUGAUCCUGAGCUCCAGCCAGCCAGAGGACAGAUCAUUAAAGUAGACGCUCCCUGGUUGAAACACUGGAUCCUCACACAUGAUUCCUCAUCAGGAGUUUAUAACUCACCGUACAUCAUUCCUGGGAGUCGUUUAGUCACUGUGGGUGGAGUUUUCCAAGUAGGAAACUGGAAUAUGAAGAACAGUUCUGUUGACCACAAAGGGAUCUGGGAAGCGGCCUGCAAGCUUGAGCCCAGUCUACAGCUUGCACGGAUAGUAGAGGACUGGACUGGUCUCAGACCGGCUCGCAGCAAAGUUAGACUGGAGAGAGAGACCAUACGAUCUGGACCGACCUCGUUUGAGGUCAUUCAUAACUAUGGUCAUGGUGGUUUUGGAAUGACCAUCCAUCGUGGAUGUGCUGAGGAAACUGCUCGUCUCUUUGGACAGAUCCUGCAGCAGAAACGCCCGCUAGCUCUCUCUAAAUCACGUCUCUAAUACAUAUAUGACUCAACAAUGUUAUAUAUCA